AAACAGAUAAGGGGUCUCGAGAGCCCUAAAUCGAUCAAAGUCAAGAAAAGGUGAGACGGGUAUUUUCUUGUUCUAACAACGCCGAGAAGCAUGGUGAUGGAAAAGCUCAAGAUGUUCGUCGUUCAAGAACCAAUCGUUGCCGCUUCUUGCCUCAUCGGCGGCUUCGGUCUGUUCCUUCCUGCAGUUGUAAGGCCUAUUCUAGAUACCUUUGACUCAGCCAAGCAAGUUCCUCCACCCGCAUUAAGCGAUGUUGUUGCAGGUAUGACUGGUAAAAAUCAAUGAUGUAGACCUCUACUCUUCGAACCUUAGCAAACAAAGAAGUUGAGGUAGACAUUCAUUGAUAAUUGUUUCUGUAAUUUUGUGCCAUUUUCCCAUGAUCGUUUUACAUCGAUAGACCUGGGAUAAUAAGAUGUCUGUUUCGUUGCUCUAUGUAAACUAAAACUGUUGUGAACACUUACAACUUUUUGUGAUCUCUACUCAACUUUUGAUUUGGUGAAAUAUAGUAUUUGUUUUAGUAA